GAUGACUUUGAGAACAGUCACUUCCUCUUUCUGGGCUACAGUUUUCUCAUCGGUAACUGAAGAGCUUGCAGUACCUUCAGCAUUCCUUCAGGUGAGGACUUCUCUGUGAUUCCUGCUAUGGUUUGAAUGUGUCUCCUAAAGUUCAUGCGUUGGAGGCUUAAUCCCCAGUGCAAAAGUGUUGGGAGGUGGGGCCUAAUGAGAAGUAAUUAGACCGUGAGUAUUCUGCCCUCAUGAAUAUAUUAAUGUCACUAUCAUAGGAGUGGGUUUGUUAAAAUGAGUUCGGCCCCUUCUUUCUCUCUCUUUCUUCCGCCCUGCACUAUGGGAUGUACAGUGCAGAAGGUCUCACCACAUGCUGGCACCAUGCUUUUGGACUUCUCAGCCUCCAGAACCAUGAGCCAAAUAAAUUUCUGUUCAUUAUAAAUCACCUAAUCUGUGGCAUCCUGUUAGAGCAGCAUAAAAUGAACUAAGAUAAUCCCUACAAAGAGUGGCAAAAGAACAGUUUCCAGCUCACUGGCAGAAUCCUAUGAUCAACUAGUAAUGUCUGCCAGGGAUGGAGGAUGAGUGACACCAACAUGUAUUCAUCUUGAUUCAACUGGAAUCUUUGGGUCUGUGUGAGGACCAAGAGCUGGGGACAGAAGCAGGACUCUAGAGGGGAAGUUUCAUUCAGAUUCGGGUUUUUGUUUUGUUUUAAAGAGCUGCUCUGUGAGAGGACAAGGAGAAAAUGGUCCCUAUAGGUCACAGAUACCUCUGUCUCAGGGAGACACUCAAGCAUUUAUUCAACCAAGAAAGAGAAUUAGGUCCAGGUGAAAGGAGAACCCCAGAAUACCCACCUACUUUUAAAGUUUUCCCCACACAUAUUCAGGAACCAAUAAGAGGAUUUGUAAUGCACUGUGAAUAGAAAGGGAAGGUGAAUGGGAAAGAAAAAAGUGAAGCUUGAAAUAGUGGAAAGUACAUGGGCUCUGCCAUUUACCAGCUGUGUGAUCUUGGGCAAGUAACUCAACCUUUCUGAGCUUUGGUUUCCUCUUUAGUGAAAUGAGAACUAAUAAUCCAUUUCUCUCUCAGCACAGAGAACCAGCAAGCAGUGAGCACUCAGCGAUGGCCAACUACGGGAGAAGCCAGGCUCGAAUGAACAUAUGGGACCAUUUUGUGCAGGGUCUCAGCACCAAGACCGACUGGUCCUUUGGGCUCGUGGGCUGCGGGCAGCCUUGGCUCGUUCUCCAGACGGUGUUCCAAGCAGCCUCUUCCAGCAAGGCAGCGUUGGCCUGAGAACUGGAAACUCUUUGCGGUCUCUGCAAACAGGACAAUGACAAUGACACUUGAGAAGGCAUGGGAGAGAGGAGCACCUUCAUAGGGCAGCGAGGGGUGGGCACUUGGGUGUGACCAAGGAGAGGAGGCGCACCUGGUCUACAGCUCUCCCUGGCCCGUGUCCAGCUCCCUCCUGACAUGGGGCGGGGGGAGGCAUCUCAGGGAUGGCAUCUUUCCCGCCACAGGGAAAUUCUCAUCUUUGACACAGCGUGGGAAUCGAGGCAUCCAGGAGGGGAGCAGAGGCAGGCAGGCCUCCUUCAGGCCCAUCCUCCAGCUGGGCUGGUGGUGCUGGGGAGGCUCCCUGCUUGGUAACAAAGGCCUGAGGGAGAGUUGUGAAACCCAGCAGGAAAGCCGGCUCACCUUCGCCUCCCCCCGCGGCUGGGAGGAGAGGAAAUAUCCCAUGACUGACUGUGCCAAGGUGGUGUCUGAGCCAGCCCUCCCGGCCCGAGGGCAGGGCAGGUGGCCCUGAGAGAUAAGCCAAUCCCUCGGCUGCAGAUGAGGAGUUCUGAGAAGCAUUGCUCAGGACAGCGGUAAAUCACUUCUUGGAGGUGCCCUGCACGCCGGUACUGGGAUCAGGCGGCCUCCCGGGGGUGUGGGAGCCCCACUCCUCCGUGGUGUGUUCCAUUUGCUUCCCACAUCUGGAGGAGCUGACGUGCCAGCCUCCCCCAGCACCACCCAGGGACGGGCGGCAUGAGCCGGUCAAGGCACCUGGGCAAAAUCCGGAAGCGUCUGGAAGAUGUCAAGAGCCAGUGGGUCCGGCCAGCUAGGGCUGACUUUAGUGACAACGAGAGUGCCCGGCUGGCCACGGACGCCCUCUUGGAUGGGGGUCCUGAAGCCUACUGGCGGGUGCUCAGCCAGGAAGGCGAGGUGGACUUCUUGUCCUCGGUGGAGGCCCAGUACAUCCAGGCCCAGGCCUGGGAGCGCCCCUGUCCCCCAGACACCCUGGGAGGGGCAGAGACAGGCCCUAAGGGACUAGACUCCAGCUCCCUACAGUCCGGCACCUACUUCCCCGUGGCCUCAGAGAGCAGCGAGCCAGCCCUACUGCACAGCUGGGCCUCAGCUGAGAAGCCCUACCUGAAGGAUAAAUCCAGCGCCACCGUGUACUUCCAGACCGACAAGCACAACAACAUCAGAGACCUCGUCCGCCGCUGCAUCACCCGGACCAGCCAGGUCCUGGUCAUCCUGAUGGAUGUGUUCACGGAUGUGGAGAUCUUCUGUGACAUUCUAGAGGCAGCCAACAAGCGUGGGGUGUUCGUUUGUGUGCUCCUGGACCAGGGAGGUGUGAAGCUCUUCCAGGAGAUGUGUGACAAAAUCCAGAUCUCUGACAGUCACCUCAAGAACAUUUCCAUCCGGAGUGUAGAAGGAGAGGUGUAUUGUGCCAAGUCAGGCAGGAAAUUCGCUGGCCAAAUCCGGGAGAAGUUCAUCAUCUCAGACUGGAGAUUCGUCCUCUCUGGAUCUUACAGCUUCACCUGGCUCUGCGGACACGUGCACCGGAACAUCCUCUCCAAGUUCACAGGCCAGGCGGUGGAGCCGUUUGACGAGGAGUUCCGCCACCUCUACGCCUCCUCCAAGCCGGUGAUGGGCCUGAAGUCCCCGCGGCUGGUCGCCCCCGUCCCGACCGGAGCAGCCCCCGCCAAUGGUCGCCUCAGCAGCAGCAGCGGCUCCGCCAGUGACCGCACGUCCUCCAACCCCUUCAGCGGCCUCUCGGCGGGCAGCCACCCCCUUCCUGAAAGUAAACAAAACAAAACAAAAACAAAACAACAACGCUUUGGUUCCUGGUGGCUUUCUCAACCCCAGCCCUGACCCUGUGGUUUCACAGCUGGCGGCUGAGAUGAGGUUAGAAUGGCCGGGCCCGGCUGAGCAUUCCAAAUUGGAUUUCACCAUCUGCUGAGAAAGUUUCAGGAAGGCAAACCUUGCCAGGUCAUAGAAGCCCCCAAGCCCAGCUUUCCAAAGGCCUCAGCCUGUGCCUGUGUCGAGCUCAGUCCUGGGAGAUAGGGGAGAACCCACAGACAGGAACAAGCCCCCCUACUCCUGACCACCUUCCAUCAGCAGUCUCCCCUCCGUGGUCGUCUUUGUUGACAAAGAUGCAGUUUCUCCUCUUCUGAGCACCUGUAACGUGUGAUGCGCUGCCUGCUGGGAGGUUAGGUCGGGGCUGCCCCGGCGAGUGGAGCAUGAGCAGAACGGCUGAGGGUCACUUCCAGGCAGAAGCUUUGAGAGCCUGGGCACAGGUUGCCACAUAGAAGCAGCUCUCCAGUUGAAGCCCUCCUCUGCCAGCCUGGGGUCCUAAGCGAUGAGCAGAAUCCCCACUCCCACCCACCAACCCGCAGUGGAUAUGUAGUGAGCAAGAAAUAAACCUUUGUUGUUUAAGCC